AUUCACAAUUCCCCCAAAUCAAAUCAUGCUAUAUAUAAUCUCAUGUCCUUGACAUUAUUUGCCAUCCAGAAUACAUUUAUCUUAUACUCCCCAACACUUGUUCAAGCAUAUCCAAGUCAAUAACAACAUCACCACAUAACAUGGUGAAACAAGAACUCAAGAUCCAAGUUACUACUUCCUCAUCAUCACUCUCUCAUUCUUCAUCUUCUUCUUCUUCGACGUCGGGGCUACUUCAUCAAUCUUGUAAGAACAAGAUAAAGAAGUACAAAGGAGUGAGGAUGAGAAGUUGGGGAUCAUGGGUUACUGAAAUUAGGGCACCAAACCAAAAGACAAGAAUCUGGUUAGGUUCUUACUCCACCGCAGAAGCAGCUGCUAGGGCUUACGACGCUGCUCUCUUGUGUCUUAAGGGACCUAAAGCUAAUCUCAACUUCCCUAACAUCACCACUACUUCUCCUUUUCUUAUGAACAUCGAUGAAAAUACCCUUUUCUCCCCCAAAUCCAUCCAAAAGGUCGCCGCUCAAGCCGCUAACUCCUUCUCUACUGACCCUUUUACCCAUCCCUCCGAUGAGGAUGUUCAUGAUGACGGACUCCAUCGCCAUCCAUCUCCUUCUUCUUCAACUGCAUCUUCUCCACCAGAUGAUGAUCAUCAUAAUGAUGACGAUAGUGAUUUGGUAUCGUUGAUGGAAUCUUUCGUGGACUACAAGGAACACGUGUCUCUGAUGGAUCCAUCAUGGUAUGAAUUUGAACAUAAUGAGAUGUUAUUCACCAACGGAGCUCCGUUUGAUUAUUCUCCACAGUUAAAUAGCUCGAUGGAUGACUUCUACGACGAUGUUGAUAUUCGGCUAUGGAGUUUCAGUUGAUCCAACGGUCAAUAUUAUUAUACUACGAAACACUUUCAAUUCACAUUAUUUCAUUUAAUUUAUUCUUUUAAACUUAUCGAUUAUCAUUCGACGUUGUUGUUUCUUUAUGUAUGAACAUUUAAAAUACAAAUAUACACACACUAAUUUAAGAAGAUCCACAUGGACAAGAGGGCUUUUUUGACA